GCCCAGAGCAGGUGCACAGGCCCUGCUUAGUAAUAAGGUAGAAGUUGAGACCCGGGGACCGGGCUCAGAGGCCCUGGUGUUUCCUUCCGGAUGCCUCUGUUUACCUCUUGUGGGCCUUCUGGAAUUUAACUUAUGCUCUCUGUGCCUUGGUUUCCCUUGUCUGUAAAAUAGAGCUAGGGGUAGCUCUUCUUUCAUAGGGUGGCAUGAGGGUGAAAUGAGGCAAUGUGUGGCCAGUACACAGCUCAGCACCUAGCACACUAUAGUUGCUUAAUAAGUGCUUAUUGUUAGCAUAGUGUUUGCAUACCUGGCCCCCCUCCACUUCCACUGCCAGCCCCAAGUACAUACAAGCCCUGUUGUCACUGAGGCCAAGCACUGUGGCCCACAGCCUGAGUUCCUUUCGAGAUGCUCGAACUGCUCCUCCUCCUGGUGGGGUCCCUUCUGGACAGGCCAGAAACGGAAGGCCAGAGAGGGGAAGGGCACUGUGGGAGCUGUGGCUGAAUAUCAAGAUCCUGCUGUGUCUCAGCUGCCUGUGGACAUGCGCAAAGGGCCCUCUCCUGAGUCCAGAUGAUGCUCAUGCCGAUGGCUUCAGUGAUGGCGGUGACUGAACCAAAAUGGGUCUCAGUCUGGGGCCGCUUCCUCUGGGUGAUGCUGCUGAGCAUGGUGCUGGGGUCCCUGCUGGCCCUGCUGCUGCCACUGGGGGCUGUGGAGGAGCAGUGCUUGGCUGUGCUCAAAGGCUUCUACCUGCUCAGGAGCAAACUGGACAGGGCGCAGCAUGCCGCCGCCAAGUGCAGCAGCCCAUCCACGGAGCUCAGCAUCACCUCCAGGGGCGUGACGCUGCUGGUGGCCAAGACCAAGGCCUCUCCAGCAGGUAAGUUGGAAGCCAGAGCCGCCCUGAACCAGGCCCUGGAGAUGAAGCGCCAGGGCAAGCGGGAAAAAGCCCAAAAGCUCUUCAUGCACGCCCUCAAGAUGGAUCCGGACUUCGUGGACGCGCUCACCGAGUUUGGCAUCUUCUCAGAAGAAGACAAGGACAUCAUCCAGGCGGACUAUUUGUACACCAGAGCAUUGACCAUCUCGCCCUACCAUGAGAAAGCGCUGGUCAGCCGUGAUCGGACGCUCCCACUCGUGGAGGAGAUCGAUCAGAGGUAUUUCAGCAUCAUCGACAGCAAAGUGAAGAAGAUCAUGUCCAUCCCCAAGGGGAACUCGGCUCUGCGCAGGGUCAUGGAGGAGACCUACUACCAUCACAUCUACCACACAGUGGCCAUCGAGGGCAACACCCUCACCCUCUCAGAAAUCAGGCACAUCCUGGAGACCCGCUAUGCCGUGCCCGGGAAGAGCCUGGAGGAGCAGAACGAGGUCAUCGGCAUGCACGCGGCCAUGAAGUACAUCAACACGACCCUGGUUUCGCGCAUCGGCUCCGUCACCAUCAGCGACGUGCUGGAGAUCCACAGGCGGGUGCUGGGCUACGUGGACCCCGUGGAAGCUGGCAGGUUUCGGACAACACAGGUCCUGGUCGGACACCACAUCCCUCCCCAUCCGCAGGAUGUGGAAAAGCAGAUGCAGGAGUUUGUACAGUGGCUCAACUCUGAGGAUGCCAUGAACCUGCACCCGGUGGAGUUUGCAGCCUUAGCCCAUUAUAAACUCGUUUACAUCCACCCUUUCAUUGACGGCAACGGGAGGACCUCCCGCCUGCUCAUGAACCUCAUCCUCAUGCAGGCGGGCUACCCGCCCAUCACCAUCCGCAAGGAGCAGCGGUCUGAGUACUACCACGUGCUGGAAGCUGCCAACGAGGGCGAUGUGAGGCCUUUCAUUCGCUUCAUCGCCAAGUGUACUGAGACCACCCUGGACACCCUGCUUUUUGCCACAACUGAGUACUCGGUGGCACUGCCAGAAGCCCAGCCCAACCACUCUGGGUUCAAGGAGACGCUUCCUGUGAAGCCCUCACCCUAGAAAUCCUUCCUCAGUGACAAAGGAUGUCCUGAGGUUCGGGGAAAAAAAAAGAAACAGCAUUUCUAGAAACCUAGUCACUUUCCAAAGCAAAAGGAGAAACAUUCUUUACCUCCAAAUGUUUAGUUUAAAAAAACAAGAAAACACUUAAGUUAUGAAACCUUGUCUCUAAAAUAACUUAUAAUUCAAGCAAGCUAUUUAUUUUCUUCUUUGGAGCAAGCUAGUCAGUGUUGUGUGGUGUCUGCUGUGUCUUGCUGGUGGCCGUACUUUAGGGACAACAGUGCCACCAUGUGAUCAGAACACAGGUUCUGGAGCAGAAUUUGCACUAAGUGGGAGGAGUGGCCAGAUGUGGGACAGGGCCCAGAGCCACUGAUAUAAUGCCUCCAAGUACUUCUCUGAAACGGGCUGAGAGGUUCUGUGACUGCAACUGGGAAGUCAGACCCAAGUCGCAGCUGAGAGAAAUGGCUGAAAGCUCACUUUCUUGAGGUUUAGAUUAGUGGUGACUAACUUCCAAGCAAACUUCAUAGAAGAGAAAAUGAAUGCUGACAUUCCUUACCUCCAGGAACUUUUUGAGCCAUAGUUUGCAAACUUUAGUGCCAGCGGCUGUUUUUUUCCAUGUUGAGACUAUUUUUCUAAUUUAAGAAUAGGGGGUAGCCAUAAAGAGCUGUAUGUUGGAGGGGGAAACAUGGGGGGUGGGCAGUUUGGUUUUGUGUAUUGGCGUUUCUCUCACACUUCAUUUGUAGUAACUCAGGCCAGAUGUUUUCGUCUAAAAGUUCUCUGGGCUUGUCAUUCCACCUGUGUCAUGCUGCCAGCCAGGUGUUAUGCUAGUAGGCAUCUGCCCUCACCCCUCUGCCUGAGUUUUCUGUAGGUAGAUGUUAACCUGAGAAAACAAGUGCCACAUGGACACCAAAUAAGCAUUUUUGAUAAUGAAUUAGAGCACCAGUUUCUACUGAAUGGAGCAAAAACCUUCAGCCAUGGCCAGGCUGCAUCCCUCUGGUCCUGGAGUUUCAUCUACUUACUGCCUGGACCCCCACCUUCCACGGCCUUUGCACUGUCCCAUGUCCCGUCCCCUGUGGGGAGGCAGAAGAGAUUGCCUCAGAGUGGCCUUAUUUUUCUCGCAACUUGUGAAAUGAUGCAGUGCUCUAUGUAAUAUGGCCGAGUCUCCAAGCUGUCAUCCAAUGGAAGUAGAAUCUUCUCUUUCAAUCAUAUGGCACAGCUGCCAAUAUGACUGCUGCUAUUUAGAGUCAGAGUGGUGGAAGUCACUGGGUCCCUUUCCCAGUGACGGAGCCCGUGAUGUCUAACACUGUACUGCACUUUGUCAGCGUGUCAGUGAUGGCGAAUACGCAGUGUUGUCUGAUUUGGGAAUUCCAUUCCUGACAGUAAUGAGGCCACUGCUCUAAUGUCGUUUAUACAGUUAUUCAGUUGUAUAAAUAGCACAUUGAGUAGUUUUUGAAAGGUUAAGAAAAAUAAGUGAAAAGAUAUAUGAAAUGGCUCCAAAUGAUAAUUAUUCAAACCUCUAUAAAAUAUGUUUUCAUACUCUUAUGCUGCCAGAGGUACUUCUUAAACUCUUCUCGUCUUGGUUUUAUAAGCACACCAAGGAGGUCUGACAGAUGUGUUUGCUUCUACUAUAGAGCAAGAGAAUUUGCACUUUAGCUAUAUGUGAAGGAUAUUAUUUUAACAAAUUCCUGAUUCUAAUAAAGUUAUUUUAUUACAUGAA